AUGAAGAUACCACAAAUAAUUACCGGUGAUUUCGACUCGCUAAGGGACGAUGUGCGUGACUAUUAUGAGAGUUUGGGAACAAAGAUUAUCCAUAAUCCAGAUCAAUAUUCUACUGAUUUCAUGAAGGCAAACAAAAGCAUCAAGGAUCACAGCUCCAGCUCGUAUAGCAUAUUGGCGUUAGGAGGAAUGGGUGGGAGAGUUGAUCAACAAUUCCAUUCCAUACACCAGCUAUUCCUCUCUAAGGAACAAGGUCAACUGAUUUAUCUAAUCUCUACAGAAAGCAUUUCAUUCCUACUGGAUGAAGGUAAAAGUACUAUUAUUACACCCACAGACUUGAUUGGAGAAACAUGUGGUAUUAUUCCCGUUUGUGGUGAAACGAGUAUAACCACUCAGGGCCUGAGGUGGGACGUUUCUGACUGGAAAACUAGUUUUGGAAGUCAAGUUUCUACCAGUAAUCACCUCAUAUCGGACUCUAUCACCAUAGAAAGCGACAAGCCUGUACUAUUUACAGCCGAGAUCCGAGAUUCGGAGCAAUGA